UUAUAAACCUCUAAGGAAAAAGAAAAAAAACCAAAACCCAUCUGAUCUCAAGACUUAAAAUUUAAAUCCUUUAAUCUCUCUUUCAAAAUGGAUUCCUCAGAUGAAUUCUUAACCAUAGAAUUCAUCACCCAAUUUCUAUUGGGAGAUUUCUCAGAUCAUCAAACCCAUUUCCCAACAGAUUCCCCCUUCCUCCACCCAAUCAAAUUGGAAGAUUUCUUCUUCGAUUCCCCAAUUCCGCCGCUACCGCCGCCGCCAGAGAUUUCCGACAACGACACGAAAAAGCCGGGCAAAGUUGUAGACCAAUCGACAACUCCUGAUCCCGACAUGUCGACACAGGCCUGCGGGGCCGAGCUGGCCGCGAAAGUCUCCGUGGUAGAGGCGAGUGGCGGAAAGGCUGGGCGGAGGCAUUUCCGGGGAGUGCGGCGACGGCCAUGGGGGAAAUUCGCGGCGGAGAUUCGUGACCCAACCCGGAAAGGGAGCCGGGUUUGGUUGGGGACUUACGAUAGUGACAUAGACGCGGCUAAGGCUUAUGAUUGUGCGGCGUUCAGGCUGAGAGGGAGGAAAGCCAUUUUGAAUUUUCCAUUGGAGGCCGGAGAACCUGACCCGCCGACGGCGGCUGACCGGAAAAGGGGGAGGGGGCAGAAAUGGAGGAAUAUUUCAAAGGCAUUAAUGGCAACGAACGAGAAGUGAAUGCUAAUAAUUGGUGGAAAAUUAAAUUCAAAACAAUAAUCAGCUAUGAACUAUCUUUGAGAUUGGGUUAAGUUAAAUGUAGUCUUUUUUUUUCUUUUUCCUUUUUAUGGUAUAAUUUCGAGGCUCGAGAUCCAACUUUCAACUUCGAAGUAAUGUCAAACUAAUUAACGUUAAGUUAAGCUCAUCAAUUAAAUUGUAAAACUUAAUUUGCUAGCUAAUUUUAUGUAAAUAUCUGAGUUGUUACUUGUAUUCUAUAGUCUACGACCCAAAUAAGAAAAAGAAAAUAAAAGUGCUUCAAUAGAGGUUUUUACCUCUUGAUCUUUGUUCUUA